AUGGAGUUUUUCACCAAAACCAACGUGGUGAGGCUGCGGAGCCACCUUGACAAGUAUCUCGUGGCCGAUGCCGAUGGCAACCGCGUUCAUCAGAGCCGCAAGGCCUACGGCCGGGGAGCGUGGUGGACGGUGGAGGAGAUCACGGACGGAGGAACCAAAAAGGUGCGCCUGAGGAGCUACCACGGAAGGUACUUAACGGCCUCGGAGGCGCCGUUUCUGUUAGGGAUGACGGGGAAGAAGGUGCUCCAGACGGAGUUGGAGCCCGGCGCGGAUUUCAAGCACGAGUGGGAAGUGAUACGCGACGGGUUCCAGGUGAGGUUGAAGUGUUGGAGUGGGAGGUUCCUGCGCGCGAACGGAGGGACUCCGCCGUGGCGGAACGCUGUGACGGUUGACGAGCCGCACAGUUCGGCGACUAAGGAUUGGGUUCUGUGGGAUGUGGAGACUGUGGAGGCGGUGGAGGAAUUGGUGGAUGAGUUGUGCGAGAGCGUCGUUUCGUCUCUCGCUUCCGAUGAUGUCUCCGUCGAUUCGGAAACAGCGUCACCGAUGUCGGUUUUCGCGCUCAAUUCGUCGCCUGCGAGGCGGAACUCGAAGCUGAUGCUACAGGUGCGUUUUGAUUUUUUUGGUUUAUGGACUUUUCGUUUCGCGAUUUUUGCGUGA